AUGCUGGACCCUCAAGAAAAGGUAUACAUUGAAUUUGAUAACUUUGAUUGGGACUCUCUAAAGGACUUCCAGGACGGGCUUCAUGAGAUUUUGCAUAAUCACCUUGAGAAGCUCAAGGAGAGCGAUCCCAGCGUGUCAACGAUUCCCGCCAUUGAGAAACAACAGUUAGUUGACCAGGCCAAGUCCUUCUUUUACUGUUCACAUACUGGCAACAUCUUAAAUCUUGACGACUAUUACGCAUGGAAGAGAAACUCAGGCGGCAAGAUCACUUCCAUUGAGGAGUCCCAGCAGGAGCCUCCUGUUGGUGAGGAGAAAGAACAAGCCCCAUACUCCAACAAUUAUCAACAUGUGGUAGACCUCAUCGUGUCCGGAAAGCCAGUGCCUGGCAUCAAGCAAAUCCCAGAUACUGUUCUCACUGAGCAAAGCUCCACUCCUGAGGCUCCUGUCAGAGCCAAGCCAUGGGAAGUGGCGAAGGAAUCGCAGCAAUAA